AUGGCGGCCACUACAGAAAGAGCCUUUGGUAUCACCAACAUCAAAUCUCACAUUCCUUUGAUUCUCGACAUGGAUGAUCAUAAUUAUGAUGCCUGGAGAGAACUCUUUCUUACUCAUUGUCUCACGUUCGACGUCUUAGGCCACAUUGAUGGCUCUUUCACUCCAACUAAUGACAACGAUCAACCAUGGCUGAAACGUGAUGGUCUCGUUAAGCUUUGGAUUUAUGACACUCUAGCUCCGCCACUAUUCAAAUCAACAUUCAAGACCGGUGGAACUGCUCAUGACAUUUGGCUCCGCAUUGAAAACCAAUUCCGCAACAACAAAGAUGCUAGAGUAAUGCAGAUUGACAACGAACUGCAUACAAUGGAAAUUGGGGAUCAAUCGAUUCAAGAGUGCUGUCAAGCUCUUAAGUCACUUGUCGAUCUGCUCUCCAAUCUGGAUUCUCCGGUUAAUAAUCGCAACCUUGUGAUGUACAUGUUGAAGGGACUCACGAGAAAUUUGACAACAUCAUAA